AUGUUGGAGUGGACUGGGAAGAUCAAAGAGUACAAGAGCGUGGACGGCCUUCCCACGCUCGACUUGACGAAGCCCGCGAUUUACAAGCUUGCGGACAAGGUGGUGGAAGUCUUUGACUGCGUCGAGGACCACCUUAAGCUCCUGAAGCAGUGCUUCGACUUCGCAUCCAUCAAGCGGCUCAUCACCCGGCCGGACUUCACCAUUGUCUACGACUCCAUGUCUGGGGUUCAGGGCCCCUAUGCCAAGCGCAUCAUCGAGGAGGAGCUGGGAGCUGCCCCAGGCAGCUGCACGAAUGCAGCGCCGAAGCCUGACUUCGGUGGUCCGGAAUCUGCUUGGCACGGCCACGCCGAUCCGAACUUGACCUAUGCUGUUGAGCUUGUGGCCACGAUGGGCCUCAACAAGGAGGGCCAAAAGAUCUCCAGCUCCAAGCCCAUCCCAUCCUUCGGCGCCGCAGCGGACGGUGACGCCGACCGGAACAUGAUCCUCAGCAGCCAGUUUUUCAUCUCUCCCUCCGAUUCCUUGGCCAUGAUCGUCGACAACGCCGAUCUCAUCCCUCAGUUCCGCGCUGGGCUGAAGGGCUGCGCGCGGUCCAUGCCUACUAGCGGUGCCCUGGACUUGGUGGCCAAGGCCAAAGGCAUCGAGUGCUUCGAAGUGCCGACAGGAUGGAAGUUCUUCGGGAAUCUGAUGGACAGUGGCACCCAGUAUUUCCCCGACAAGCAGACUUACACACCCUUUAUCUGUGGUGAAGAGUCCUUUGGUACGGGCGCUGACCAUGUGCGAGAGAAGGAUGGAAUGUGGGCCGUCCUUGCCUGGCUUCAAAUCCUGGCGAAGAAGACCGAGCAGGCCGGCAAGCUCGUGUCCGUCGAGGACGUAGCCAACGAGCAUUGGAAGACCUACGGUCGAAACUAUUACGCUCGCUAUGACUACGAAGGCGUUGACAAGGCCAAAGCCGAGCAGAUGAUGAAGAUGAUGUCCGACAAGUCAGGGCAGCUUGUCGGGAAGACCUUCGGCAACAUGAAGAUCAAGAUCAACGACGUCUUCGAAUACAAUGACCCGGUGGACGGCAGCGUGUCCAAGAACCAAGGCGUCCGAUUCAUCUUCGAGGACGGCUCCCGGAUCAUCUUCCGACUUUCCGGCACCGGGGUGGCGGGCGCCACCGUGCGCCUCUAUCUAGAGAAGUACACCCCUCCAACAGGCAACCUCGGAAUGCAUCAGUUCGACGUGGUGAAGCCACUCGCGGACGUGGCCUUGCAGCUUUCGAGCCUGAAAUCCUACACUGGGCGGGACAAGCCCACCGUGAUCACCUAG